ACUUUGUUGUGUUAAUAAAAACACGUGCAUAAACGUUUACCAGACCUCAGUGAAGCAACAAGCCGAGAGGAUUCCUGAAAAUUUUCUUUGAAUUAUAACUAAUUAACUAUAUUUUAAUCAUGACCGAAGAAGUUAACCCCAAAGCUUUUCCCUUGGCUGAUGCCCAAUUGACAGCCAAAAUCAUGAAUCUUCUACAACAGGCUUUGAACUACAAUCAGCUACGAAAAGGUGCCAACGAAGCUACCAAAACAUUGAAUCGUGGUCUGGCCGAUAUUAUUGUGAUGGCCGCUGAUGCUGAACCUUUGGAAAUUCUGUUGCAUUUACCAUUGUUGUGUGAAGACAAAAAUGUCCCUUAUGUAUUUGUGCGUUCCAAACAGGCUUUGGGUCGUGCCUGCGGGGUUUCCCGUCCAAUUAUUGCCUGCUCGGUGACCACCAAUGAGGGCUCCCAGUUAAAGUCACAAAUUACAUCUAUACAACAGGAAAUUGAAAGACUAUUAGUUUAAGUUCUUCCUAGAGAGUAUCCAAACAAAGGCAUUUGUUUUAAGUUUACAAAUUAUAUUCCACAUGUUCAAUGUGGUGGUUGAAACCCCAUCUUCUUUUGUACAAAUAGUUUAUACAAAAAUUCAAUAAAAACAAUUUUAAAAAUGUUAAGACAUUUAAAGAAAA